AUGAAGAUCACUCUUGCCUCCACCAUUCUGGCUUCCGUUGCCUACGCAGCGCCUCAGCUCGACUCCAGAGCCUACGGCAAUGCCAUCCACGGAAGUCUGUCAAAACGUGCUGGCGUCCAGUACUUCGGCGUGAACAUCGCUGGGUUUGACUUUGGCUGUGCCACAACUGGCACAUGCAACACCAGUGCCAUUUACCCGCCCCUCCCGGCUCUCGGAGGCCCUGAUGGACCUGGCCAGAUGGCUCACUUCGUCAACGACGACUCGAUGAACAUCUUUCGCUUGCCAGUGGGUUGGCAGUACCUAGUCGCCAACCAGCUUGGUGGCACCUUGGAUGCAACGAACGUGGCCAACUACGACAAGCUCGUCCAGGCCUGCUUGGGCACUGGCGCUUCAUGCAUUAUUGACAUCCACAACUACGCCCGCUGGAACGGCGCCAUCAUCGGGCAGGGCGGGCCCACCAACGAGCAGUUCGCAAGCCUAUGGUCGCAACUCGCGACCAAGUACGGCAGCGAGCCGAAGAUUUUCUUCGGGCUGAUGAACGAGCCGCACGACGUGCCCGACAUCAACUUGUGGGCCGACUCGGUGCAAGCGGUCGUGACGGCGAUCCGCAACACCGGCGCCGAGAACACGAUCCUCAUCCCCGGCAACGACUGGACGUCGGCGCAGGCCUUCCCGACGAAUAGCGGUCCUGCACUACUGAGUGUUGUUAACCCAGACAACUCGACCGACGGGCUGAUCUUCGACGUGCACAAGUACUCGGACUCAGACAACUCGGGCACCCACACCGACUGCACGACCAACAACAUCGCCACGGCCUUCUCGCCGCUGGCCGACUGGCUGCGGUCCAACGGGCGCCAGGCGAUCAAUACCGAGAUGGGCGGCGGCAACACUGCGUCCUGCGAAACACUCAUUUGUCAGCAGGUGCAGUUCGUGAACCAGAACGCUGAUGUUUAUAUUGGGUAUGUCGGGUGGUCUGCCGGCUCUUUUAGCCCGACGACCUAUGAGCUCAGCGAGGUGCCGACAAACAAUGGGAACACUUGGACGGACAGUGCUCUGGUCCAGGCUUGCUUCACGAACACCGCCUGA